GGCGGAGGGGAUAAAAAAUAGCGCUGUGUGGUUUUUGUCUCUUCAAAAGGGAACGUCGCACGGGCCAAGCAACGUCGGCCGCCAUAGAACCAGUCCCGCUCAUGGCAUCGUCGCAACGAGAGAGCUCGAGCCUUGAGCUCCGCGUCGGCAAGAAGUUCCGCCUCGGCCGCAAGAUUGGCAGCGGCUCGUUUGGCGACAUCUACCUCGGCACCAACAUGACGUCGGGCGAAGAAGUCGCGAUCAAGCUCGAGUCGGUCAAGAGCAAGCACCCGCAGCUGCUCUACGAAUCCAAGAUCUACAAGAUCCUCAACGGCGGGCUUGGUAUCCCCAACAUUCGCUGGUUUGGCGUUGAAGGCGAGUACAACGUCAUGGUCAUCGACCUCCUCGGGCCGUCGCUCGAAGACCUCUUCAACUAUUGUGGCCGGCGCUUCCAGCUCAAGACCGUCCUCAUGAUUGCGGACCAGCUUCUCUGCCGCAUCGAGUACUGCCACUCGAAGAACUUCAUCCACCGCGAUCUCAAGCCCGACAACUUUCUCAUUGGGCUCGGAAAGCGCGCGCAGAUCGUGCACAUUAUCGACUUUGGUCUUGCGAAAAAGUACCGCGACCCGAAGACGCACCAGCACAUCCCGUACCGCGAGAACAAGAACCUCACGGGCACGGCUCGGUAUGCGAGCAUCAACACGCACGUGGGCAUCGAGCAGUCGCGCCGCGACGAUCUCGAGUCGCUCGGCUACGUCUACAUGUACUUUAUCCGCGGCUCGCUGCCGUGGCAAGGCCUCCGUGCCAACACGAAGAAGCAAAAGUACGAGAAGAUCAUGGAGAAGAAGAUGAACACGCCCGUGGACGUGCUCUGCCGCGGGUUCCCGACCGAGUUCCGCGCCUACUUUGAGUACUGCCGCGCGCUUCGCUUUGACGACAAGCCCGACUAUGCGUACCUCAAGCGCCUCUUCAAGGAGCUCUUCUUCCGGAAGGGCUACCAAUUCGACGCCAUGUUUGACUGGACCGUCCUCAACUUGCAAAAUGGGACGCCGACCGCCGGGACGCCCGUCGCGUCGCCCGCGCUCUUGCCGCCCAACCACAUGUCGGGCGGUGGCGCCGGCGUCUUUUCGAGCGGCACGGGCAACGAGAUGCUGCCGCCGCAGCACCAGCGCACUGACUCGCGCAACACGGGCAGAAUAUACGACGAGAAGGACCCGAACGGCGAAGAGUACGUCUCGAUGCCGCGCAUGACGCCGACGUCGGGCACGCCACUGCGUCAAGAUGCCAUGGACAUGCGCGGGCCAAUGCAUGGGAUGCCGCGCAUGCACUCGAGUAUGUCGAUGGAGGCCAAGCCGCACGCGGCGCCCGUCCGCAUGAACUCGUCGCCGAUGAUGGACGCCAAGCCGCAGUCGCUCCUUCCGAACCGACAGCGCUACUAGGCCACCCUUUGUUCACCCCACAUAUAAGAUAAGAACAAGUCCCCUUCUCGUGCCACA